GAUUUUUUUUUGUGCGCAACGCAGAUUCUCUUUGCGCAGAGACCGUGCCAGCAGUGCGCAAUUGCGCACGUGCGCAGCUUAGAGGGAACAUUGCAUCAUCACUUUUUCCUUCCUGUCUAUGCCUUAUCCAAUCAGGACUCAGAUGCAGGCUCGAGUGUCCGGGCAAGGUGAGAGCAGUGGGAGUAGCAGGAGAUCCGAUCCAGAGUUCCAAGAGAGUCCAGGAGGAGAACGAUGAGCAGGAGGCCAGGCAGGUCCCGGUCCUCGUUCUGGUCCCGGUCCCGGUCCCGGUCCUCGUUCUGGUCCCAGUCCUCGUUCUGGUCCCGGUCCUCGUUCUGGUCCCGGUCCCGGUCCUCGUUCUGGUCCUGGUCCCGGUCCUGGUCCCGGUGCCUGUCUGAUGGAAGUGACUUAAACUUGGUGCCUACUGCACCUUUAAGCAGUGAAUCUCGAUGGUUUUUGGGUUUCUUCGUUGAUUCCUACUUACCUCAGCCAAGGACGUUAUGGUUUUUGUAGCGUUUGAGCGUCUGUAAACACGAUAGGUGGAAAAGCUUUCAGGGGAUCCUGAUCAGACUUUGACCUCUGACCUUUGCCCUUUUAGAUCAAAGGGAUAAUAAUGCUAUUAGAAGCUGUUUCUCACUGCCGUGGUUCGUACUGACAGUUUACGAGCAUGAUGUUAGAUGUUAGCUGAGUAAGAAAGCCUCACCGUUGUCCCUCAGUAUCAGCUGAUUUCCCGCCUGCUCCCCUCACGCUGUGUCGCGUUGCUGCUCGCUGCAGGUUUCCUUCUUUCCUUUUUCUUUGUGUGAGGUCUUCCUGUUCUUGGUGUUCUUGUGGUUUCCUGGUUGGCGUUGGCUGUUUUCAUGUCCAGCCUGUUUUUGGACUUUAUCAUUAUAAUUUUUUGCUUCCACUUCAUCUUUUUUUUGUUGUUUUAUUUUUUGCUUGGCUGGCUGAUUAAAGUCCUGUGGACUGUGUGAGAUCAAAAUCAAAAUAAAAAAGGCCUCAUAUUUAAUUGUUUCCCCUCUUUCUUCAUCAUGUCACCAUUAUGUGAUUUUGUAAUCGUCUGUGACCUGUGUGAAAGUCCACUCUGCUGUCAGUCAUGAGAGUCUGUGUGCAGACAAACUGGAGACACUGACUGCACGGAUCAGGCUUUGCUCAAACUGACGCCUUCGUCCACUUUUCUUCCAACAAGGUGAAAUGAAGCGGGAUUAAAGCGUGCAUUAAACCACGUGACCCUGCAGGAUAAUCCUUUGAAAGUGACCCAAACAUUCUUUUCCACGCCAAAAGAAAACAAUGUUAUUGCUCCACCGCUGAGUCUACACAACACUCCUCCCUCUCAAAGCACUCCGCUGAACCGGCCCUGCACUCUGAUAGCAGUUUGUCCCCACGCCGCGGGCCUAUAAGAAGCCCCGAGAACCCGGUCUCCUGUGCCGACGGGUCCAGCAGACGCAGCAUGGCUCAGAAGACAGCUCUGAUCGUUUACGCCCACCAGAGUCCGGCUUCGUUCAACGCGGCGGCUCGAGACGUGGCGCUGCAGGAGCUGAAGCUGCAGGGAUACGAGGUCGCCGUGUCUGACCUGUACGCCAUGAACUUCAAAGCCAGUGCCACACGGGAUGACAUCAUCGGUGAUGUGAGGAACUCUGAGCAUUUCCGGUACGGAGAGGAGACCCUGCAUGCCGGGAUGGAGGGCCGUCUCAGCGAAGACAUCGUAGCUGAGCAGCGCAAAGUAACAGAGGCCGAGCUCAUCAUCUUCCAGUUUCCUUUGUACUGGUUCAGUUUUCCCGCCAUCAUGAAGGGCUGGAUAGACAGAGUGCUGUCACAGGGCUUCGCUUUCUCCCUGGAAAAGAUGUACGAUAACGGGAUAUUCAAGGAUAAAAAAGCCAUGUUGUCAUUCACGACCGGAGCAGCUCCGACGAUGUUUCAGCCUGACGGCAUCAACGGCGACAUCAACGUCACCCUGUGGCCUCUGCAGAACGGGAUUCUGCACUUCUGUGGAUUUCAGGUUCUGGCUCCUCAGAUUUUCUGGAGUCCGGCUCACUGUCCCCCAGCUGCACGAGCCGCGAUGCUCGAGGGGUGGCGGACUCGACUGAAAGGACUACUUGCAGAAAAUCCUUUGACCUUUGCCCCCUGUGAGCUCUUUGACCUCAGCUUUCAGGGAGGAUUCUCACUUCGGCCGGAAGUGAAGGAGGAACUAGCGACGCAGCCUCUCGGCAUCUCCACAGGACACCACCUGGGGAAGCCGCUGCCGCCCGAUAACCAGACCAGAGCUCCGGCCACAGCGGAAGACGAACGCGGCCACGGGAAGAAGGCGCAUGCCUCCAUUCGUACCGUGUAAUUCACGUGUGGUUUUAGACACGUUUACUGAAGUUUGAAUAAAACUUUGUAUUAAAGCACUUAUUUUGGUGCAGGAGCAUUUUCUUUUAUAAUAUCUGAACCCAGAAAAGCUUUUACUCUAAAAAAAAUUCUUUGCCUUCAUAAACAUGAAGCAAUACAUCUGAUAAAAGUGUAACUGAAAUGUAUGAAAUAAAAAUUUUAUGUAUUCAAAAAAUCAUCAAGGAAAAUAUGCUUGAUGUAAAGUGAAUGUAUCCUAAUCAAAUAAAGUUUA